AUGAAUUUUGAAACUGCACCGUGUACCACCCUUCAGUACUGCCCUGACCCUUACAUGCAGCGGUUUGUAGAAACUCCAGCUCAUUUCUCUUGGAAAGAAAGUUAUUACCGAUCCACUAUGUCCCAGAGCACACAGACAAGUGAAUUCCUCAGUCCAGAGGUUUUUCAGCAUAUCUGGGAUUUCCUAGAACAGCCCAUCUGUUCAGUUCAGCCCAUUGACUUGAACUUUGUGGAUGAACCCUCUGAAAAUGGUACAACAAACAAGAUUGAGAUUAGCAUGGACUGUAUCCGCAUGCAGAAUUCGGACCUGAGUGAUCCCAUGUGGCCACAGUAUACAAAUCUGGGGCUCCUGAACAGCAUGGACCAGCAGAUUCAAAAUGGCUCCUCAUCCACCAGUCCUUACAACACAGACCAUGCUCAAAACAGCGUCACGGCGCCCUCGCCCUAUGCGCAGCCAAGCUCCACCUUUGAUGCCCUCUCGCCAUCACCUGCCAUCCCUUCCAACACCGACUAUCCAGGCCCACACAGCUUCGACGUGUCCUUCCAACAGUCCAGCACUGCCAAAUCUGCCACCUGGACGUAUUCCACUGAACUGAAGAAGCUGUAUUGUCAAAUUGCAAAGACAUGCCCAAUCCAGAUCAAGGUGAUGACCCCACCUCCUCAGGGUGCCGUGAUCCGUGCCAUGCCUGUCUACAAGAAAGCAGAACAUGUCACAGAGGUGGUAAAACGGUGCCCAAACCAUGAACUCAGCCGUGAAUUUAAUGAGGGACAGAUUGCUCCUCCUAGCCAUUUGAUUCGUGUAGAAGGAAACAGUCAUGCCCAGUACAUAGAAGACCCCAUCACAGGACGACAGAGUGUCCUGGUGCCUUAUGAGCCACCCCAGGUUGGCACUGAAUUCACGACAGUCUUGUACAAUUUCAUGUGUAACAGCAGUUGUGUUGGAGGAAUGAACCGACGUCCAAUUUUAAUUAUUGUUACUCUGGAAACCAGGGAUGGGCAAGUCCUGGGCCGACGCUGCUUUGAGGCUAGGAUCUGUGCUUGCCCAGGACGAGAUAGGAAGGCGGAUGAAGACAGCAUCAGAAAACAGCAAGUCUCGGAUAGCACAAAGAAUGGUGAUGGUACGAAGCGCCCUUUUCGUCAGAACACACAUGGCAUUCAAAUGACAUCCAUCAAGAAACGAAGGUCCCCAGAUGAUGAACUGUUAUACUUACCUGUGAGAGGGCGUGAGACUUAUGAAAUGCUGUUGAAAAUCAAAGAGUCCCUAGAACUCAUGCAGUACCUUCCUCAGCACACGAUUGAAACCUAUAGACAGCAGCAGCAGCAACAGCAUCAGCACUUACUUCAGAAACAGACCUCAAUGCAGUCUCAAUCUUCAUACGGUAACAGCUCUCCACCACUGAAUAAAAUGAACAGCAUGAACAAGCUGCCUUCUGUGAGCCAGCUUAUCAACCCCCAGCAGCGCAACACACUGACUCCCACAACUAUUCCUGAUGGCAUGGGAUCCAACCUUCCUAUGAUGGGCACCCACAUGCCAAUGGCUGGAGACAUGAAUGGACUCAGCCCUACCCAGACCCUCCCUCCCCCACUAUCCAUGCCAUCCACCUCCCACUGCACUCCCCCACCUCCGUACCCCACAGAUUGCAGCCUUGUAAGUUUCUUAGCAAGGUUGGGCUGUUCAUCAUGCCUGGACUAUUUCACGACCCAGGGGCUGACCACCAUCUAUCAGAUUGAGCAUUACUCCAUGGAUGAUUUGGCAAGUCUAAAAAUCCCUGAGCAGUUCCGCCAUGCUAUUUGGAAGGGAAUCCUGGACCAUCGGCAACUCCAUGAUUUUUCCUCUCCUCCUCACCUCCUGAGGACCCCAAGUGGUGCUUCUACAGUCAGUGUGGGAUCCAGUGAGACUCGGGGUGAACGUGUCAUUGACGCUGUGCGCUUCACUCUUCGCCAGACCAUCUCCUUUCCACCCCGUGAUGAGUGGAAUGACUUCAACUUCGACAUGGAUGCCCGUCGCAACAAGCAACAGCGCAUCAAGGAAGAGGGGGAAUGA